AUGCCCUCCGCGAGCUCGUUCGUCCUGUCUGGGAUCGCCAGGGAUGGCUACACGACCUCGACCGCUUCGACGGCGACCUGCUUUUGUGGGGCCGUCCAGCUCGAGUUUCCCCUCGAGGCGCCGGGGCUCGUCUCGUCGUUUGUGUGCCAUUGCUACGACUGUCGCAAGAUCACGGCGUCCAUGUUUGCUUUCAACUUCAUCGUGCUCAAUUCGCACCUCAAGCACCUGCGCGGCGGAGCCAACCUAUCGAGCUGGGGUCAGGCCGCGACGAUCGAGUCGGGCAAUCGGAUGACCAAUUAUUUUUGCAAGAUGUGCGGGACCCUUAUGUAUCGCGUCAGCGAAGGGUUCCCUGGGUCCAAGAUAUUGAGGAUUGGGACUGUCGACGAUUUCAGUUUGCACGAGACCAUCCUGAAGCCGAGCAUGGAGCAAUACGUCAAAGAUCGGGUCGGGUGGUUGAAACCAGCCGAAGGCAUGCGCCAGAUUCACGGGUCGCGUUGGCAAGUCAAGCCGCGGGGGGGCAAUCUGUAG